UCCAACAGGCCUAUCAUCAGUGCCACAUCCCUAAAAAUAGACCAACAAAAAUUCCCAGGGAAUUAAUCUUACGUCGCAUGUAUAAAAAUCAGUGGCAUUUCACCUGAAAUUGUUUGAAAUAUAUAUCUUUACAAUUUCAAAUUUUUUUUUUUUAUAGAAUAUUCCUUGGGAGCUUUUUCCUCAAGGUGACUGUACUUUUGAGAUGACCCAGUCAAGUGUGCACCAGCAGGAAGAAUUAUGUGAUUCGCAGAUAAAGAACUCUGCCGGAGGCUUUGUAUGGAAAGUAAAAGAUAUUGACAGACUCAGGCGGUUUCUUUGUCUUGGAUCAGCUAACGGUACAUUUUAUGUCAGAGAUGAAGAAAAGUUUGGGGAAGAAUCUGUGAAGGCUGUCACUGAUCUGAUCACAUCUGGGAAGGGCGAAGUUGUUGUAGAAGAGGUGGUGAAAUACAGUGUGGAAGGCCGAGUGGCCAAGCCUAAUCCCCUGCUUUUAGUACUUGCACUGUGUGCACGCUGUUCAGACACAAAUACGAAAAAUGCUGCCUACAAUGCUCUGUCUCAAGUUUGUCGCAUUCCCACGCACCUAUUCCAAUUUAUUGACUAUUGUGAGCGACUAAGUGGGGAAUCGAGCGGUUGGGGCCGAGCUCAUCGCCGUGCAAUUAAAGCCUGGUACCUGGAUAAGGACCCACAGAAGCUGGCCUACCUGGUGACAAAAUACAAGAAGCGAGGUGGCUGGUCUCAUAAGGAUGUUUUAAGGCUGUGCCAUAUUAAUCCAUCUGCUCAAGAAGGGAUUGAUGCCGUCUUUAAAUACAUCUUCAAAGGAUUUGAAGAAACGAGUAGGCUUUAUGCUGAGAAUGAGAAUGAAACGAUCAAGGAUGUUAUGAAUUUCCUAAAUGCGGUUGAGACUGUCAAAAAUUCAACGGAUACAGUGACAGUAGCAGCCUUCAUUGAAGAACACAAACUAGUGCGAGAGCAUAUACCUACAAAGCUCCUCAAAUCUACAGAGGUGUGGGGGGCACUGUUAAAAGAAAUGCCAAUGACAGCGAUGAUCCGCAACUUGGGCAAGAUGACCAGCAUCGGGAUGUUCACACCCAACUCUCAAGAAGUCACGAUUGUAGUUGAGAAGUUGAGGAGCUUGGAAAAGCUCAAGUUGGCCAGGAUCCACCCAUUUACGGUACUACUAGCCCUAAAGACAUACAAAAGUGGAAAGGGUGAAAAGGGAAAAUUAAUCUGGACUCCAAACUCGCGCAUUUUAGAUGAACUCGAAUCAGCAUUUUAUCUCUCAUUCAAGGCUGUUGAACCCACAAGGAAACGUUAUAUGCUAGCAGUGGAUAUAAGUGGCUCGAUGUCCUUUAGCGGUAUUAAUGGCUCCCAAAAUAUGACUGCCCGUGAAGCUGCAGCUGCAAUGAUAAUGGUAACGAUGAAGACGGAAUACAACUAUCAAGUCAUGGCAUUCGCCAAUGAGUUUAGAAAUAUCACACACAUAAUGCGAGGCAGAUCCCGAUUGGAAGAAGUUAUUGCAGCAAUGACUGAUAUGCAAAUGGGUAGCACUGAUUGCUCAAUACCGAUGGUUCAUGCUAUGGAAAAUAACAUUCCUGUAGAUGUCUUCAUUGUUUACACUGACUGCGAAACGUACAUGGGGUCGUUACAUCCAUGCCAGGCUCUGGAAAACUACCGGAAAUUAAUAAGCCAGAAGCAAAAUGACCCUUCCCUCAAGAAAGCCAAACUGAUUGUCGUCGCUAUGACGUCAAAUGGUUUCACGAUCGCUAACCCAGAAGAUCCCGGAAUGCUGGACAUUGUUGGCUUUGAUUCAAAUGCUCCUGUAAUAAUGAGUGAGUUUGCUCUCGGUAGUUUGUCCGGGGACGACUAGAGCAGUUGGUCUGUAGUCGCAUAUAAUUAUGUGAUUAUAGGUGAGCCAGUAUUAAUCUCUAAUACAUAUUGGAUUUAUGUAAACAUGCUUAUAUGCAUCCUAAUGAUUAGAUCUCUAUCCCAUGUUCAUGGGAUUGACAGAACCAUAGAUUUGGUACCGAAAAACACCAAGAAUAAUACUUAUAAUGAUGCUGAAAAUAUCUUUUUUUUUGUGGCCACACUAGUAAAAUCAGGUAGAAUAGGCCCUUGUUUCUCUAUUUUUUCUCAUCCUCAAUUUUAAGGCAACCCAAGCCCUACAAAGCAUAGCCAGCAAAUUGGGAGUGGAGUUGGGUAUCUAAGGGCCUGUUUCUGCUGAGCAAAAAAAAUUUGUUUUUAACUUUUAUUAAAAAACACAUGUUUUUUUCCCCAGUAGAAACGGGCCACAAAACAAAAACACAGUUAGGAAUGUGUUCUAAAAAUACACACAUUCAUUAUAGGGUUCACGUUCAGAAAAUGUGUGUUUUUGUGGUACACUUUUCAGCUGCAACGCAAUACCGUGUUAGUCAUGACCCGUCGGUGACCCAAAUUGACCUCUUCAUUGGUUUGAUCGCUCACCCGCGGGAAAUUCAGGGCGAAGAAAAAAAUUAAAAUAAUAGGAAUGACAUGCUUGAAGAUCAUACUAUACGCGUUCAGAAGGAAGUAUAUAAGUAUAUAAAGUUAAAAGAUGUGAUUUACUGUAAAGGGCUUAUUUUCAUUUAAACUUUCAAUGUUUCUGUUCAUGCACUUCAGACAAAAUUUGGUUUAAGUUGUAUAAAUACAUCUUUGGAAUCCAUGUAAAAUGGCUGCAAGCAACCCUUAGCAAACUCAGUAAAAAAAGACAUUUAAAAAAAUGUGUAUCAUAAAAAUAAUAUCACAUUAUUUAUACUUUUCAUUUAUUCAGGCAACUACCAAAUUUUUUCAACAAAUAAAGGCCACUGGCCCAGGAGGCCGUAAGUGUGCAGUAACAACAACAAUAAUAUGAUUAAUAUAUAUCAUUAGCCAAGCGCUUAAACUCUAUAUAGAAACUUCUGUUAUUUUUGCGAUUGGUCAUCUAAGGACACCAAUCAUUUCAAGUCCAGCCUCAAUAGUAGUUGAUGUAACUAUGUAUUUAUGGUCUUUGACAUGCUUGCAAUGUAAGAUGUAUUGUAUUUUAGUAGCUUCUGUCUGAUAAAAAGGACUAUUGGAUCUAAUGUUUAUUAUGGUAACAAUUUUUACCAUAAAACC